ACGUGGGGAUGUGCGGGCCAUGAACCGGGCGCUCCGGCUGGUCGCUCGCGGCCUAGGAGCGCUGUCGGGGCCCGCGAGGCGGUGGAGCGACGCGGCCACCAUGCCGCUGCAGCGGGUGCUGUGCGUGGCCGAGAAGAACGACGCGGCGCGGGGCAUCGCCGACCUGCUGUCGGGCGGCCGAGUGCGGCGGAGAGAAGGCUUGUCCAGGUUCAACAAGAUCUAUGAAUACAACUAUCAUCUGUUUGGCCAGGAUGUUACUAUGGUGAUGACAUCUGUUUCGGGCCAUUUGCUGAAUCAUGAGUUUAAGACUGCAUUUCGCAAAUGGCAUAGCUGCAACCCCCUGGUGCUCUUUGACGCUGAGAUUGAGAAAUAUUGCCCUGAAAACUACGUGGAUAUUAAGCGGACCCUAGAACGAGAAAUCCGGCAAUGCCAGGCUCUGGUGAUCUGGACUGAUUGUGAUCGAGAAGGAGAGAACAUUGGCUUUGAGAUCAUCCGUGUCUGCAAAGCUGUUAUGCCAAGCCUUCAAGUGUUCCGAGCCCGUUUUUCUGAGAUCACACCACAUGCUGUUCGAGUUGCCUGUGAGAACCUCACCCAGCCUGAUCAGAACAUUAGUGAUGCUGUCGAUGUCAGACAGGAGCUGGAUCUCAGAAUAGGUGCUGCCUUCACCAGAUUCCAGACCCUGAGGCUCUCCAGAAUCUUCCCUGAUGUCCUGGCAGAGCGGUUAAUCAGCUAUGGUAGCUGCCAGUUUCCAACUCUGGGAUUUGUGGUAGAAAGGUUUAAAGCCAUACAGGCCUUUGUUCCUGAAGCCUUCUAUAAAAUAAAAGUGACUCACAAACGUGAGGAUGCCAUUGUGGACUUCAGCUGGAAGAGGAAUCGACUCUUUAACCACACAGCAUGCCUUGUCCUCUACCAGAUGUGUAUGGAGGAUCCAGUAGCCACUGUUGUCAUGAUUGGUAGCAAACCAAAAAGCAAGUGGAGGCCCCUGCCUCUGGACACAGUGGAACUGGAGAAGCUGGCAUCCCGCAAACUGAAAAUAAAUGCCAAAGAGACCAUGAGAAUGGCAGAAAAGCUCUAUACUCAAGGGUACAUAAGCUACCCCCGAACUGAGACCAACAUGUUCCCCAAAGAAUUAAGCCUGUCUGCACUGGUACAGCAGCAGACCCAAGAUCCAAACUGGGGAGCUUUUGCACAAAGAAUUCUAGACCAGGGUGGGCCAACACCUAGGAAUGGUUCCAAAACCGAUCAGGCUCACCCCCCCAUUCACCCCACCAAAUACACCUGUAACCUGCAGGGGAAUGAGCAGAGACUGUAUGAACUCAUCGUGCGUCAUUUCUUGGCUUGCUGCUCUCAAGAUGCCAAAGGACAGGAAACUACUGUGGAGAUUGAUAUUGCCAAUGAGCGGUUUAUUGCUCAAGGGCUAAUGAUCCUUGCCAGAAACUACCUGGAUGUGUACCCAUAUGACAAGUGGAGUGACAAGGUCAUCCCAGUGUAUGAGAGAGGGUCUCGUUUUCAACCUACCACGGUGGAGAUGGUGGAUGGGGAGACCAGCCCGCCCCAGCUCCUCACAGAAGCUGAUCUCAUUGCACUCAUGGACAAACAUGGCAUUGGGACUGACGCCACUCAUGCUGAGCACAUUGAGACCAUCAAGGCACGAAUGUAUGUGGGGCUCACUCCAGAGCAGAGGUUCCUUCCAGGCCAUCUGGGCAUGGGGCUGGUAGAAGGUUACGAUUCCAUGGGCUACGAGAUGUCAAAGCCUAACCUUCGAGCUGAGUUGGAGGCUGACCUGAAACUGAUCUGCGAGGGAAAGAAAGACAAGGCUGUAGUACUGAGGCAGCAGAUAGAGAAGUACAAGCAAGUCUUCAUUGAAGCAGUGGCCAAAGCCAACAAGCUGGACCAGGCUUUGUCUCAGUACUUUGGAACAGUCAGAGAAGUGGCUCAAGGAGAGGAGCUCUACCCCGAAACACCAGCUGCCAUCCGGAAAUGUCCUCGGUGCAACAAUGACAUGGUCCUAAAGACUAGGAAGAAUGGAGGGUUUUACCUUGGCUGCAUGGGAUAUCCUGCUUGCAAAGCUGCUGUCUGGUUUCCUGACUUUGUGCUGGAAGUCAGCAAGGACGACAGCGUCUGUGCUGUGUGCAAGCCCCAUCCAGUUCAGAGGCUGAAAUUUAAGCUCAAGCAAGGGAGUGCCCCCCCUCUCCUGCCCCUGGAAUUUGUUGGCUGCAUCGGAGGCUGCGACAAGUUGCUGAGAGACACCUUGGACCUGCAGUAUUUACAAGGAUUGCCCCGACCUGCAUCAGCAGCCGGCCAGGCAGACAACCACCUGCAAGUCAGCCACUCCUUUAACCAAAUGGCUAGCAAUGAGAAUGGCCACAGGAGGCCAGCCACAAACCCGCCAGUUGGGUUCCUAGGACCCAGGGCCACGAGGCUGCCCAGCACUGCUCCUUGCCUGGCUGUAGCUGUAGCUGCUGACGAGAACAAUGCAGUGAUGUGCAACUGCGGGCAGGCGGCAGUGCUGCUCACCGUGCGGAAGGAUGGGCCCAACCAAGGCAGGCAGUUCUACAAGUGCAGUGCUAGCAGCUGCAACUUCUUCCUGUGGGCGGAUCAGCAGGCCGAGGACAGGAACAAUGCAGCACCUGGGGGCUUUGCAUCGCCAGCUUCCUUUGGUGAAAGGUCCCCUAUGGGCUUCCACAGCCCAGAAGGAGGGAGAGGCCAGGGACACUACCAGAGCAGCAGUCGAGAUGCUGGAGGAGGGGGCAGCAAUGUUUGCAACUGCAACCAGCCAGCUAUCACACGCACGGUCCAGAAGGAUGGACCCAACAAAGGGCGGCAGUUCCACACUUGCCCAAAGCCCUGGGACCAGCAGUGCGGCUUCUUUCUGUGGGCAGACGAGAAUGUGGCCCCAGGGGCAUCUGUGGACUUCUCUUCAAACCAUUUUGGGGACCAGGGGUUCCCAAGAGGAGCAGGAAGCAAAGCUAAAAGACCAGAUAAUUUCUCCUCGAAGGGGCCAACCGUGAAGAGACCACGGACCUGUGGGAUUUGCCACCAGCCUGGUCACACCAGGAAGACUUGUCCCCAGAACCACUGAGGGAGGCAGGACACCCUUACGGAAGCAAACUGAACAAUCUGGAGUCCUGGGGUAUGUCAGUAGUGGGCAAAUGGAUUUUAAAAGCCAGUGUGCAGCAGAGAUUCCUCACGUGCCUGCCUUCCUGGAAAUGGUGGCUAAGAAAUCUGCCUGCUGCUGGUGACGGAGCAUACUCCACGCACCACAAACCGCUGGAGGCUUCAUUCGGCUCCAGUUGAAAGCUGGACUCACUUCUGAAGGAGGCUCAGCUGCUGUCUCUUGGAUGAUUUAUGGGAGAGUUUGUCUUAAGCACUAUAUUUACAGGCACAUGAUGGGUCUGUUCCUAGACAGCUUUGGACAAGAUGCUAUAGUGUUGGCUGCUCUCCUGAAGGGCAGAAAAGAAAAGCUGCUAACUUAAGAGCUGACUGCUACUGAACAGUGGCUGUUGUGUUUGGGGGGGAAGGGGAGCACCACGGUUAGUAAAAGAACAAAAAUCCAUCUUUUAGGGUGAUGGAGUAGUCAGGUUGAUGCCGUCUACAGUGCCAGCUUCACAUAAUCCUCAACAUGGGACUUCAUACGUUCAAUUACCCUUCAAUGUUCAUAUCACACAUAAGAUGGGAAAAGGCUAUACUGACUGACCUGCUCCACUGUUUCCAGCUCUGUCCCUUGCCUCUGAAUGGGAAGAGCUGCAGGGAAAGCCAGUCUUGGCUCUGUCUUCCAAAGGCAAAGCUCCAUGUAAAGGGCCAGGAAAUGAGCUGUGAUCCACAUUCACUCAAGCUGUCAGAGGAAGGAGAGGGAGCUGCUGGCUCACACAGUUCAUUUUGAUCAGGUCACCAUGCUUUUGAUUAAAAGGAGAAUUUUUUUUAACUUG